UGGAGCUUGGCAGGAGGAAGGCGAAGUCGGCUGAGGGGGGAUUCGGAGGAUGGAGACGGCGGGCCGGUGCUCCUGAGGCUGCCGCCCUUCUCCCCGCUCCGGUCUGCGGCCAUGGGGCUGGGCUCCAGCUCCGAGGCUUCUGACGGGGGCUCCGAGGGCUAUCAUGUGCACGGGAUUCAGGAAAACUCUCCCGCCCAGCAGGCCGGAUUGGAACCAUUCUUUGAUUUCAUCCUGACGAUAGGACACACUAGACUGAAUAAAGAAGGCGACACUCUAAAAGAUCUCCUGAAAGCCAACGUCGAGAAGGCUGUGAAGUUGGAGGUCUACAACAUCAAGACCCUGAAAGUGCGGGAGGUGGAGGUGACCCCCAGCAAUAUGUGGGGUGGGCAGGGCCUCCUGGGAGCCAGCGUGAGGUUCUGCAGCUUCCAAGGAGCCAACGAACACGUGUGGCACGUGCUGGACGUGGAAGCGGCUUCCCCGGCAGCCUUAGCUGGCCUGCAGCCUCACACGGACUACAUCGUCGGAUCGGACCAAAUACUCCAGGAGUCGGAAGACUUCUUCGCACUGAUCGAAUCCCACGAGGGGAAGCCCUUAAAGCUGAUGGUCUAUAACAUGGAGACGGACGGUUGUCGAGAAGUUUUUGUGACCCCCAACGGAGCCUGGGGUGGAGAAGGAAGUUUAGGGUGCGGCAUCGGCUAUGGCUAUCUGCACAGGAUUCCGACACAGCCGGCUAUCCCAAAGAGAAAACCCGAAGCUGGUUCCCCUUCUCCUUGGCCUUCUGGAGACGCACCUCUUGAACCACCAGCUACUAAUGGCUAUACGGAGACCCCCCUCCUGGCUCCAAACUCCCAGAGUGAAGACCCCGCAAGUUCGUCUUACAGCACAGAUCAAAGUGGGCAUACGUAUCCUGUAGAAAACUCUCUUCACCCUCCUCCUCCAGUCCAAAGAGUCAUGGAUCCAGAUUUUAUAGAUAUGUCUGGUGCUCCCUUUCCUGAAUUAAUCGACUUGGUGAAAACCAUCAACGUGCCUUCCUCCACUUCUUUCAAUGCGUCAGUCGGCUCCACAGCAACGACAGAGGACUUGCUAAUGAACAGUGCCGCUGAGUCAUCCUUCAACCACGCUACUCUUCCAAUCCCGGAUUCAACACUUUCUCCAGAGACCUCAGGUCCUCAGCCAGCGUUGGAUAUACAUAUGCCUUCACUCUCUCCCUUGCCAUCUCUUCCUAUGGAUAUUUCUGUAAAUGCGGCAGCCGGAGCAGACUCCGAUGCUCCAGAAACUGUGCUGCAUUCAGAUGAAAUGGAGGGACCUAUACUGUCCACUGUGUUACAUGCGGGUGACGAAAAGGCUCAGGAACUCUAAGACUAUAUGAAGCUCGCCCUUGAAGGGAGCCUUCAUUCCCACCAUUUUGCAGCCUGCACUGGGCUUUGACAGAGACUAUCAUUGUUGCGUCACAGGAAUUCAAUGAAUGUGGAAGAAGGUGCUUGAUCCAUCACUUGUCGGCUAGAAAGUUUGAACCUCUGUCUAGCUACUGCUCUGCAGUAAUGCAAUUUAGCUUGUUCACAAGGUUUAUCCUCCUUCUGAAAGCACGCUGUUUGCAGCAUACAAGCAAGCACAGAAAUCUGACUUUAGAGGGCAGAACUCGCUAGCCGUCUAUUGUACCUGCCAGUUUAAUGGCUUGUUUUCCUUUCCCCC